UCGGUUUUACUGACAGCUAGUGCAAGCCGGCCGGUUAGAGACGGAGAUAGAUGGACGUCAACUUACUGGGAUCGUGAAACGUUCUUUUUUUUUUAAUUCGACGCGGUUUUACCAGAAGAAUAGCAAGACCAUGGUGGCGAAUUGAAAAAGGGAAACCAAAAAGGCUUAAUUUAAAAAGAAUUAAAAAAAAUGGCACAGAAAGACACGCUGCUGCAUCUCUUCGCAGGGGGAUGUAGUGGCACAGUGGGAGCCAUUGUGACCUGCCCGCUGGAGGUUUUGAAAACACGGUUGCAGUCCUCUGGCCUCACCCUUCGACCCAUCUUCCAGGUCCAGCUUGGCACCCUUGGUGGCACCGGGGUUAUCCGACCAGGGACUGUUACACCUGGGCUGCUGCAGGUUCUAAGAUCAAUUCUUGAAAAAGAGGGACCAAGAUCUCUUUUCCGUGGACUGGGGCCGAAUCUUGUUGGUGUUGCACCUUCAAGAGCCAUUUACUUUGCUGCAUACUCGAGGUCUAAAGACUUAUUCAAUGGGCUGUUCGUCCCCAACAGUGGAUUGGUGCACAUGUCCUCAGCUGGUGUUGCAGCUUUUGUAACCAAUUCUCUGAUGAACCCUAUCUGGAUGGUCAAGACCAGGAUGCAGUUGGAGAAAAAAGCGAGAGGAGAGAAGAAGAUGAAUGCACUGCAGUGUGCACGCUAUGUUUACAAAACGGAGGGAAUCCGGGGCUUCUACCGCGGUCUGACUGCAUCGUAUGCUGGCAUCUCAGAAACCAUGAUCUGCUUCCUCAUCUAUGAGACGUUGAAGAAACAUCUUGCUAAGAACCAGUUCACAUCCCCAAACAGUGAAAAUGAGAAGGGAGCAUCAGACUUCCUGAGCCUGAUGAUGGCAGCUGCUUUUUCAAAGGGUUGUGCAUCCUGCAUAGCCUACCCACAUGAGGUUAUUCGGACAAGACUUCGCGAGGAGGGCAGCAAGUACAAGUACUUCUUCCAGACUGGGAGGUUAAUAGCGGUGGAGGAAGGCUACGCUGCUUUUUAUAGAGGACUCAUUCCACAACUAAUUAGACAAAUCCCGAACACAGCCAUCGUCCUCUCCACAUAUGAACUCAUUGUCCAUCUGCUGGGAAAUUCCAAGUGAAGACUUGUUUGAAUGUUGGGACUUUUCUGUCAAACAAUGGAGGCCACAUAAAACCCAAGACACACUGGGCAAGAGACGUUUGAAAAUGCAGCACAUAUAUAUUUUUGAUGCGGUGCUAUUCACACUGUUAUGAUGGAACUGUAGCAGCUCGUACUGGUAUCCAAAGAGCUAUAUUCAUUAUUUAAUUGAAAGCUACUUAGGAGUUUAUCAAAAUAAUGCAAGUUCUAGUACUUAUUGAGACUCCAAACCUGUGGAAAAAGGUCAUAUUUGUUUAGGAGAUGUUUUAAGUUAACUAAAUUAUUUUUUUGUUAUUUUAUGACUGUUUGUUUCCUUUUAUCAUUGUACCAUAACACAUAACCGGGCAGGUUGACUCAUUAGUUAGAAAAGGGAAGUUAUUCAGAAAAAGUUGUGGGAAUUGUGCUGUUCUUUGCAUCAUGAUGACAAUACAGGCUAUCUUUGAGUUUUGUUCAAUAUUCUGUUAGAUUUUAAGUUUAAGCUACAAAGAGAUUUAUCAUUUUUUUUCAUUAACGUGCAUUUCUACAAGCUUAUCUGUAUGUUUGUGAAAAAAAUGGUCACCUUUUACAAUACAAGAACCUGGAUGCUUGACCAUAUAAUGCAUCAAUAAAAUGCAUC